AUGGCUUCUCGCUGUGAGCUUCUUCUGAUCUGCAUCUUCUCUCUCUUCUUUGCUCUUGCUCACUCCAAGACGUUGAAGCGAGAUGUGAAAGCUUUGAAUGAAAUCAAAGCGUCUUUGGGAUGGAGAGUGGUUUAUUCAUGGGUUGGUGAUGAUCCUUGUGGAGAUGGAGAUCUUCCACCUUGGUCUGGUGUCACCUGCUCUACACAAGGAGACUAUAGGGUUGUCACAGAACUAGAAGUUUAUGCGGUUUCGAUUGUUGGACCUUUCCCUAUUGCAGUAACAAACCUUUUGGAUUUGACUAGACUGGAUCUACACAACAACAAGCUAACCGGUCCAAUCCCUCCACAAAUUGGGCGACUGAAACGGCUGAAAGUACUAAACCUGAGGUGGAAUAAACUACAAGAUGUGAUUCCCCCUGAGAUUGGGGAGCUGAAGAGACUAACACAUUUGUACUUGAGCUUCAAUAGUUUCAAGGGAGAAAUUCCAAAAGAACUGGCUCUUCUUCCCGAGCUUCGUUAUCUCUAUCUUCAAGAAAAUCGUCUAAUUGGUAGAAUUCCUGCAGAACUAGGGACGCUGCAAAGCCUCCGCCACCUAGAUGUUGGUAACAACCAUUUGGUGGGAACUAUAAGGGAGCUCAUCCGUUUUGAUGGAAGUUUCCCAUCUCUUCGCAACCUGUACUUGAAUAAUAACUAUUUGAGUGGAGGCAUCCCAGCUCAGCUAUCGAAUCUUACAAACUUAGAGAUUGUGUACCUGUCUUACAAUAAAUUCAUCGGAAACAUUCCUUUUGCCAUUGCUCAUAUUCCUAAACUGACAUACCUGUACCUUGAUCACAACCAAUUUACUGGGAGAAUCCCAGACGCAUUCUACAAGCACCCAUUCCUUAAAGAAAUGUACGUUGAAGGUAACAUGUUCAAGACAGGUGUGAACCCUAUAGGUACCCACAAAGUUCUUGAAGUUUCUGAUUCCGAUUUUGUGGUGUGA